ACAGUUCACCAAAGAAGAGAAAAACAAAAAAAACAGAGUUACGUAUUAAUCCAUCUAAAGGUACAAUUUCUUCUCUGCUCGACCACGGAGCUAGUGAGCCUGUUAGCCAACCAGUCAUCCAGAAUCAUCCCGAGGUCCCUAGCACUUUAUCUCACCCAGAAUGACAAGUGAAAGCUCAGUUGUAGACAGUCUUGAGGAGUUGGAUUACUUCUCAGAUUCAGGCACUGUAGGUAACACUCAGAUGAAAGCCUCAAAACGGAGAAAGAAGGUACCACCAGUGUCCCAGCCACCCAAGAGACCCAGGCGAAAUGCUGCACUGAGGAUGACAUGCAGUCCCAGUAGCUGCUCCAACCCUAGUAAUACAGACCCCUCCCUGCAACUGGAGCAGCCUCUCUCUCAAGGGACAUCAAGGGAGGUCUCUCCUAAACAAGCUAGACGUAGCAAGAGGAACCAGGUUAUCACUGCAAAGGACAUCUACAAUGCUAUCAGCUCAGGAAAAAGUGCCAUGGUGACAGUGGUGGAUGAGUGGCUGGACAGCUACAAACAGAGCCGAGAGGCGGGACUGCUGGAGCUCAUCAACUUCAUUGUUCAGUCCUGUGGAUGCAAAGGCGUGGUUAGCAGAGAAAUGUUUGACAGCAUGCAGAAUGCUGAUAUCAUCAGCACACUAACUAAGGAGUUUAAUGAGGAAUCGGUGAACUACCCUCUGAGCAUCCCGGGUCCUCAGAUGAAGCGUUUCAAAGCUGGGCUCUGUGAGUUUGCUCGGGUGUUGGUGAACUCCUGCCGCCAUAGCCUGAUCUACAACGAACACCUCUUCCCCUCCUUGCUGGCCCUGCUCACUGGCAUGUCUGACUCCCAGGUCCGGGCCUUCAGACACACCAGCACCCUGCUGGCAUUGAAGUUGAUGACGGGGUUGGUAGAGGUUGCUGUGAUGGUGUCAGUUCAGCUGCAGACCACCCAGCGGCGGUACGAAUUGGAGAAAAGCAAAAACCCAAACGACAGAGCCUCAGACCGGCUGGAGGAGCUUGAGGCCACCAUCAGUGAGUUGAAAGAAAACAGAGAGGAGCUGACCUCCAUGAUGAAUGCUACCUUCCGUGGCGUGUUUGUACACCGAUACCGGGACCGACUGCCUGAGAUCCGGGCGUCGUGCAUGGAAGAGUUGGGCGUCUGGCUGAAAACGGACCCUGAGGAUUUCCUUAAUGAUGGAUGCCUUAAAUAUUUGGGAUGGACGCUGCAUGACAAGCAAAGUCCAGUGCGGCUGCAGUGUGUGCGUGCCCUGCAGGCCCUUUACCAAGAGGAGGAAUUCAUUGGCCGCCUGGAGCUUUUCACCAGCAGAUUUAAACUAACCUGUCUUGUUCUUCCGGCCGCUCGUGCCAACAGGAAGACAGAGGAGGGCCUGAGGGAGGAGGAGUGCGGCCACAUCUAUCCCCUGGUUUACGCCUCACACCGCGGCCUGGCAUCUGCUGCCGGAGCCUUCCUGUGCAACAAGUAUGCUUUCGUCCUACACAUGCACAGCAUCACUGGGCUAAAAAACGUGAUCGCCAGCGACGUGGAGGAGAAUGAGAUAAACAACAAUGCAGCUUUUUUUCAAAUCCUCAUCAGCUUCUACAUUCAGAGUGAGUUCCAUGAGCACGGAGCAUACCUGGUGGACAGUCUGUGGGCUGUGGCAGGAUCUGAGCUGAGGGACUGGGAGACCAUGACAACCUUACUGCUACAGGAUGCUGGUCUGAUGUAUGAGGAGGAGGGGGUACUUAUAGAACUUAUGAUAUGUGCCAUCCGACAGGCAUCCCAGGCAACCCCACCUGUUGGGAGAAGUCAAGGCAAAAAGAUGAUCAGUAUGAAGGAUAAAAAGAUCCAGGAACAAGAAAGGAGUCGCAUCACCACGCAUUUCAUUCCCAUCCUGCCACAGCUGCUCGCCAAGUACUCAGCAGAUGCAGGGAAAGUGAGCCUCCUCCUCAAAGCACCCCUUUACUUUGAUCUGGAGAUGUACCGCAGCACUCAGUGGCUGGAAAAGCAUCUGGACUCGCUGCUGUCGCAGAUUUGUGGCAUCGUGGAGAAGCACACAGAGGCGGCUGUGCUGCAGGCGUGUGCCCAGCUGACCAGCACUCUGUGCUCAGAGAACUACACUUUCUCCUCCCGUGCACGGCUGGCAUUCAGCCAGCUGCUGGACAACCUGACCGAAUGCUUCAGCAGCUACUUGAGCGACUUGCUGCAGGACACCGCGGAUGAAGAUGACUUGUACAAUGCAGCCAUGGCCCUGAAAAAAAUAGCUGCCUUGAGCAGGCAAGUUUUUAGUAUGUGCAUGGCCACUUCACUGUCUGCUCCCCACAGUAAACUGAGUUGUGCGGCUGUGAUGGGCGUGUGUAUGUGUGUGUUUUCUAGUGCCACAGACCCGACGGGCUGGAAGCUGUUUGACUCGUGCCUUCAGCUGCUGAAAAGCAGGGUGGAAUCUCAGGAACUGGACACGGAGCUCAUGGUUUCCGCUCUGAAGUGCGCAGCUUUCCACCUGAUGUGGGCCAAAGUGAAGAUGCACAGCUCCAAGCCAAACGAGAUGGAGCUGGUGCGUUUAAAGAAGGACGUGCGCUCCUUCUGCAGAAUCAGUCAGACAUGUUUGUCUCUGGACAAGGCGGAGAUAAGAGAUCACGCGUUUGAGCUGCUGUGCGACCUGCUCCUGUUGUUCAGUGUGCGUUCAGUCCACUCUGAACCUGCCCUCCAGACACUGGUUCACCUGCCGUCGGACUCUCUGCGCUCCGAGCUGGCGGCUUUCCUCCUGGACUACGUCUUCCUCGACGCCGAAGACGCCGAACCCGAUGAGCCUGAGGAGAAGAAGAUGGUUCUCCUUCAGAAGAAGCGCAACCAGCUGGCCGGCUACUGUAAGCUUGUCCUCUACGGGGUGCUGGACCUCUCAGCUGCCACCAGCGUUUUCAAACACUACAGCAAGUACUUUAAGGACUUUGGAGACAUAAUCAGAGAAACGGUGAGCAAGAGCAAGCUCAUCAACCCAGUGCAGAGCGCCAAGACCGUCUGCCUCAGCCUCCAGCAGCUGUUUUCAGAGAUGCUGACAGAGAGCCGCUGCCAGCAGGAUCUCAGUGAGAUUAGAGAGCUGGCCAAAAGGCUCGCUAUGAGCUUUGGCAUCAAUCUCCAUCGUAUCCGCAAACCACUGGUGGCCCUGCACAUGGACGGUAUUAGUUUUGCAUUUCGAGCUCAACCGGAGGGAGAAGAGGAGCAUCCGAAUGUGGACUUCUUGGAAAUCCUCAGCGAGUUCAGUUUCAAAUUGCUUCAGCAGGACCGUGAACAGCUCUCUGAGUUUGUGACAGCUGAGUGUCCCACUGCUGCCCUCUCCUGGCCAUCAGUUAAACUGUAUCAGCGCUCUCUGGAGAAUCGCUUUUCAUCCAAGUCCAAAGAGCAGGAGGAGGAAGGCAACGCCCCGCCAUCACAUCAAACCCCAGAUGCCAAACGCAGGAAGGCUUCUGCUCAGGUUUCAGCAUCCAGUACCAUCGGAUCAUCCUGGUUGGAGAAAAGAAGCAUCAACAGUCGUCUUCACACUCCAGCCCUCACCUCCACAGUCCAGAAACAUGCAACUAAGAAGCCGCCCUCCAAGAAACCCAGAGCACCACUGUCUGAUACCAGCAGCGUCUUAACUGAGAGGGAGUCAGAGGAUGAGUUUUCUGUUGGGUUACAGAUGCGAAAGGUGAAACCCACCAAACGGGGCUCGCUCUCCUCCAUCCAAACCGCGCCAGCAUUGGAUCUGGAGUCCCACCUCACCAUGCUUUCUCUGAUUGAGGACAAUGCUUCAGAAAAGGAAAGAGACAGCAAUUCAGAAGAAGAGGAGCCAGAAAUUGAAGACUACAACAGUGACUCUGAGUCUGCAUACACACUGCCCUCCACUCGUUUAACCUCGGCCAGCAUCCUCGAUGAGCUCUUUGACUGAGGUCUGUCUGGACCAUCUCCUCAACGGUUCUGCAUCUUCAGGAGUUUCAGUGUUGGCGUUAGAUAUUUCAGCUUUUUGUUCUUCUGGAUAAGCCUUAUUAAGUUCAACCAAGAGCUCUGUUGGAAUUAGUUAUUUUGAAAUUCCACAACUAUAUUGGUUCCUGGUUAAUAAUAGACAUAUUAAUGUUUUGAAAAUCUGCUAUAAGUUCUGAAUAAUGUGUUUCAUCCGAGCUGACAGUUAAUAAUCUUUUGUAUUUUUCAUUUUGAAUUUAAGCUCUUAACAUUUUUCAAACUUAUUGACGGCAACGUGUGUUUCUGUUAAACUUGUUAAUUUGU